AUGAAGUGGUUCGGUCUUCUUCUUCUUCUUCUGUUGCCAUUGCCGGCAUUUGGCUGGUGGUGUGAGACGAGUGAUCGUCACGGUUGCCGGGGGCAGUCGAGACAUUUUGUCCGAGAGGCAGCAGUGGCAAAUCCAUUUUUGGUGUUCAAAGAUAUCAAAACAAUCUACAAAGAGGAGCCCAUCGUGGUGGAUUGGGAUGGCGAUGGCGACUUAGAUGUGAUCUUGAGGAAGGUGGAUGGACUUUCACUUUUUGAGUUCAAGUCAGGGAGGCACUUUGUGGAAGUGGAGCCCAAUCCGUUCCACGGCAUCCCUGGUGGAUAUUGCCGACCUGCCGUUGUAGACUGGGAUGGGGAUGGCCGAUUGGACUUGAUUGUCGGAGCUGAGGACGCAGCAGCAAGAGCUUUCAAGAUGAAGGUUUGUGCCAACCUUGAAGUUGGUAGCCGAGCCGGCCUAAGUGCUGGCGACGCCCUCGACGCUGUGCCCAUGGCGACUGAGGCUGCUUCGACUGGCCUGGCUCCAACAGGAGUCAACGCCACCAAGGCAGAUUCCCAUGUUCCUGUCUUCGACAAUGUCUCCAAGAACUACCUGGAGUACCGUAGACGAUGCGAGGUCUACAAGCAGAAGAUGGAGAUGGCAGGACGUGGGAAGGAGACCAUCUUUAAUCCAGUGAGAUCAGGGCUGUCUCGUGAACAGCGCUUGAUGGUACUGAGCUCUGUGGGUCACGAGGUGCUGGACCUCGACAAUGUCCAGAAGACCAUGUGUGAUCGGGCAGGACACGAGGGGUCAUGGGACUACAACACCACGAAUGAGGCGACGUACUACGAGGAGGACUACGACCAGACAUGGCCGGACUAUGAUGCUUGCUACUUCGAGGCCGAGGAUUCUACCGUUGCUCUGGUGGAUCCCAACAACAUGAGGAGUGGGUCCAACAAGGGCAAAUCCAAGGGCAAAGGCAAGUCGAAGAGCAAGGCGAAGGGCCGAGGCUCAUCUCCACCGCAGAAGGGAGGUGCCAAGGCUCGUGGCAAAGCACUGUUUGGAGGAUGGAGACGAGCGAUCCACAUGGUAGAGGAGACAUCGAUAGAGGAUGACGAGAUGAUCAUCAUGUCCGAUGUGGCGGUGCAGGGCUACCCGAUCAACAAGAUCGAAGUCUUUGCAUGCAAGAAGGGCUUCAAGUAUGGCAAUUCCGAGAAGGAGGUGGCCACUAUACAUGCUUGUACUUGUCCAAUUCUCAUCGGACGACCACUGCUGGAAAAGCUUGGCCUGAUGGUUGACUUCAGCACCAGGCAAUAUCGAUGGGAAGGACAACAAUGGAAGCCGGUGAUUUUGGGCCGCAAGAACGGGUACCUGAUUCGACUUGCAGAGAACUACAAGGAGCUGAUUCGAGAAGAACCGGAAGUGCUGAUUCCGGACGAUCAUGAGGAGCAGAACCAGCAAGCAGCUAUUGGCAUGGCUGAUGAGGAGGACGCCAACAACAGGGACACCGUCACCAACGAGUGUGCCAACUCGCCGCAGAUGCUGACAAAGAUGAUUCACACGGCAGAGCAAACUCGAGACAAGCUGAAGAAGGAGAUGACGAAGGCUACAGUGGUUGAUCAAGGAGUCUUAACACCGAAGAGAAAGAUCUGGGAGGUCUACGUUGGUCGUGAACGAGUUUCAGAAUGUCUUCGACGACGAGGUGACAUCGAUGUCGAGAUCUUCAGCGCAGGUUGGGACUUUGACAAGGCAGUGAGAGAUCACGACAUCCACCUGACCUUCACAUCGGUGGUCUAUGAAGCUCAACGACGAGCUGGACGGCAUGCUACCACUGAACAUCCCUACACCUGCCGAGCUUGGAAGACAAGGGCAUACAACAGGAUGCGUGGAUUUGACUGUUACGUGGACCAGUGCGGUUAUGGACUUAUGCUGCCUGGUGACCAUGGACAGUGGCAUCCUGCAAAGAAGCCUGCCACUUUUCGAACGACCAAGAAGUCCCUCUACGACAAGCUGUGGAGGAAAUGCCCUGGAUGUCCCUAUCAUGUUCCCAUUGAAGGGAGCGCCCGUGGCUUUGGCAACCGAUCUUCCAUGGCUGAGGACUAUCCCCAACGACUUGCCAAGAAGCUGGCAGAUCUCAUGGCUGAGGAGCCUGCUGAGGAGGAUGGCGACCUCAUCAUGGCUGUCCCGGAGGUUUUGCCACCACUGGAGGACGUUCCCAUGGAAGAGGAGAAGAAGCCGGAGAUUGGCAUAUACAACUAUGUGAAGCGACUUCACAAGUCGCUGGGACAUCCACAGCCAUCUGUGCUGAAGAAGAUGCUGACAGAGGUGCAGGCGACUCUCGAUGUCUUGAAGGCUGCAGAGGAGUACAUAUGCCCCGCCUGCUACCAUCGAAAGCCACCCUACUCAGUUCCUGCCGCUGGACUUACGGCACGGAACUUCAAUGACAGGGUGAUGGCUGACUCUGCAUGGAUCGACACUGAGGAUGGCAGAAAGUGCGUGGUGACUUUCUUGGACCAUGCAACAAGGUAUGUUGCCAUCAGGAUUCUGAAAACAGAACGCUCUGAGGAGUUCGUCAAGGGCUUGGAAAGAGUAUGGAUCAAGGCUUUUGGAAUCCCACAGAUCCUGCGAGUCGACGGGGCCAAGGGAUGGAGCUCGAAGUACAUCCGAGAAUGGUGUGCUGAUCGAGGCAUUGCUCUGGAAGUUGCCCCUGGUGAAGCACACAACUGGCUUGCCCCUGUGGAGAGGAAACACCAGGUGGUCAGAAAGGCACUUGAGCACUACAUGCACGACAGAGGAGCCUUCAACAUCAAGACUCUUGAGGAGAACCCCAGCAUCAACUCACUCACUGCAGAGCUCUUCAACCCUGGAUGUGAUGCUUUGGAUGACCCAACCAAGUUUGCCGACAUCCAGAGGAAACGUGUCGCAGCCCAGAAGGCAUGGAUCAACGCAGACAGCCAUGCCAAGCUUCGCUGUGCCAUGAACAAGAUCUUCCAGGAGGUCAAGGACGAUGUGCAGAUCGGCCAGAAGGUUUGGUUCUGGCGCAAAGCUGGCACUGGGAUUCUCCAGAAGGCAAUGUGGCGUCGUGGACCUGCGAGAGUGGUUGCAAAGGAGGUCGAUGAGGAUGGGAAGGUGCUGAUCUUGUGGCCGACCCACGGCACCAGCCUGGCACUGGUGAGAUGCUCUCCACUGGUGGAGGAGCAAGGCUGCAUUGCGAGAUCUACAGUGGCUGAGGGCAAGGAGCACAACUCAGUUGAAGGACUUGACAUUGGCAUGAUCAAGAACCGCAAGGCGAACAUCAAGGAUGAGGACAUCGCAAAAGAUUCGAAGAGUGCCGUCAUCAUCGACGCGAGAGCGCUCUAUGACGCGAUCAACAAGGAGACCAUACAGUCAUCCAUGGACAAGAGAGUGGCAAUGGAGACGCUGGUGGUCAAAGAUGGACUGCAGUUCACCAACUCUGACCUGCGCUGGGUAUCGUCAGAACGCCAAUUCGCGGACGGUUUGACGAAGAUUGGACGACGACAGCAGAUGAGCUUUUUGAAGAAGAAGAAGAAGAGCAUCGAAGAGAGGAGAGAGAUCAACAGAGUGGAGCUGAUGGAACAGCAACUGACGUCGCUGUCCUGGCUAACUAACAAGCUUGCCGAGUACGUCAUUUCACAGAAUGACUGCCCCGACUUUGUGAUCUAUGCAGCUUUCGCAUUCCUCUUUGUAAUCCUGCUCUUCACCAUCUACAUGAUUGCCGAGCUCAUCACUCCAAAGAAUGCCAACUACCAGAUCGGAAACCGAGAUGUGGUGGGUCAGUCAAUUCAGACUGAACGUGGCGGUGAAACAAACAUCGCAACCAUCACCUAUGAUGAGCAAAUGCAGCUUGGGGCCUACAUCGGCCAACUCGAGGGGCGAUUGGAUGGAAUCAAAUACUACCAGAAGCAGAAGGGGCUAGGCUACAAACUUCAUCAAAGACUAGGAGCGGAAAACCCCUUUGAACACAUAUGGACGCUGAAUGGGGUUUGUUCCGACAUCUCCAUUGGAGACUGGGAUGGUGAUGGCGACUUGGACGUUCUUCAAUCUAAUCUCGGCAGUCCUAUGCAAUACUUUGAGCAAUCCCAAGGCCAGCUUGUGCUUCGAGAGGGACCGAAUAUAUCCGAUUGCAGUAGCCCAUUCUGUGUAAUUGCAAAUCAAACACUCACACAUAGACCUAUCAUGGCAGAUUGGAAUGGAGAUGGAAACAUGGACAUGCUGUUGUUGGCAAAGGUCUUUGACAGGAGGUCAAAUCUUGAUGGCUCAGACAUUGCUCAGUCCCAGUGCACUUCUUAUUUGUAUGAACAACACAAGAUUGGCGGAAAGACAACUCUGGUGUUCAAAGACGAGCCGUUUUUCCGGAAUGAAGGGUGCAGUUCAUUUGAUGGCUCUGGUGCAUCCUUUGUAGAUGUGGACGGGGAUGGUGAUUUGGAUGCAAUCUUUGGGUCGCACGAUGGGCCAUUGCAUGUCUACAACCGCACUUCUGCAGGCCUCGUCAAGUCAAACGAAUUCCCGUCAAAUUCAACUCCGCUGGACAUGAUUCACUUAAAAAAUCUUUACGACUACCAUGGUUCGACACUCAAAACAAAUUUCCUCCACCCAGUCCUUGCGGACUGGGACUUGGAUGGUGACCUUGACCUUGCUUUGCUUCAUCCACUGGGUUUCAAACACCCUGAAGAGAAUCGUUACUUUCUUCAUCUGCCAGACAACACAGUCACAGAGCUGAACGGGCCGCCAAACAGCUCGUGCCCGAUCGACUGGGGCAAGCAUUUCAGCGUGGCUGAUUUUGAUGGAGAUGGAAAGGACGACCUUGUGGGUUUCGGCGAACUUGUGGGUUAUGGCUUUGUUGGCGUUGUUGUCUGUCUUCAGACUUCUUCUGGCUUUGUAGUGGUAGAGCCUGAGAAGAUCCCUUUCAACUAUCUUCCCCAUUGUUCGCAAUGCUUGACAAAUCUCUCCUACUACUGGCGUGAUGGCAUUCUCGGUUUCCCGUUCUUCCUUGACUGGGAUGGCGAUGGGGACAUGGACGUCCUCAGAAAGGAUCUGGCAGAGAAGGUCUAUCUGUACCAGCAGUUGCCCAAUGGCACAGUUUUCGCCCAUCCUCUCCCCCUUCCCUCAGCGCGUGACUUUUCAGCAGCAGAUUUUGAUGGAGACGGUGAUGUUGACAUAUUGAUCAUCCCACCCAAUUCAGACAACUGUUUGUAUUUCGAACGACGUGGUGACGGGAGCCUCGAGCAGUUGUUUGGCACUGACAACCCUUUCAAUGGUGUGUGCAAGCGAACUUAUGGGAACCCCCUCAGUCCAGCCGAUAGCCUUUAUGCUUCGUUGGGGGACUGGGAUGGAGAUGGUGAGAAAGACUUGGUUGUGGUAGAUGAUUUCAAAGUGACUUUGUGGACAAACCGACCAAUGCAAAGUUUCGUCGAAGUGAUCGAAAAGGACAGCCCAUUCGGAAAGUUAGGUUUCCCCAAAGCAGUGGAGGUGAGUCUCGUGGAUGUGAAUGAUGAUGGAAGGUUGGAUGUAGUCGUUCCGCCGCAGAACCGGGGUUUGACAUCUGUUAGGGGGUACGAAACAUACAGUUUUUUUGAACAUGGAACCAAUGGAAUCCUUGUAGAGCAGCUCGGUGGAGCGAAUCCGUUUGACAAGGUAGCCCACAACAAAACUAACAAUGCCAUCGCCGAUAUCUUGAGAUCUGUAAAACACCAAAUUGUGGAUCUCGACGAUGAUGGAGAUUUGGACAUAGUUCACGGAGAUCUGCAGUACACACGAAAUGAUGGCGGUCAUUUCACAUAUUUGAAUCGCUCUGACCCUGAUCACCCGUUUCGGGGAGUCGAAGACACAGAACUAUCAUGCUGGACCUUCGUGGAUUGGGAUAAGGAUGAGGACCUUGAUUUGGUGCAAGCCUAUCGGCCUGGAGGGAAGACUGUGCAUGAAGCCGCUGCCCACGCACAGUGGGCAACCACCAUCAUUUUGGAAAUGUUGCACAAUGGGACCAGCAGAGCCGAGAGACUAGCCUGGUUUCAAAAGAACGUGUAUCGCCAAAUGCGCUUCUAUCGCAACGUUGGCGGGAGCUUCCAAGAACUCACUGGGUCGGAAAACCCUUUCCAUGACAUUGCCUUCGGUAUGGAUCACUUUUCGUCGUGCCCUACCUUUGUGGACCUUGACAAAGAUGAUGUUUUGGAAUUGGUCCUCGGAACCACAGAUGGAAAGCUGCAGUACUUUAAGCAGCAGAACGGCAGUUUUCAGCGCAUUGAGGAGACGCCGUUUGCUGACUUACUCAUAAAGGGUACCUUCGGCGAUGCGUAUGGUAUCAUCCCUCGCUUCGUAGAUUGGGAUGGCGAUGGUGACAUGGACUUGGUGAUCACAGGAACAGACAAGGUGCAAUUCUUCCAGCGUGGCGUUUGCAAGCCCUCUGCCUCAUACUGCAAAUCUGGGGUCUGCAAUCAGCGCACAUCGACAUGCACAUGUGAUGCUGGCGCAGAAGGACAAGACUGCAGCCUAUGUAGCAACUUCUAUGUCCGUGAGAAGGACCAAUGUAGGCCGUGUCCUGGCCACCAUGAACUGGCAGGUACUUGCAGCCGUCGAGGUGUUUGUGAAGAUGAUGCAGAUGCAAGAAACAAUAGGCUUGCGAAGAAUCUGACCGGCUUCGAAGUGACUUCUGCUAGAGGAACUGGCCAAUGCACAUGUUCGAGGCCAUUUUUUGGGCACGGCUGCGAAGAGGGGCGGUGUCCUCCAGGAGAGCGUUUGGACAGACAUGCAGAAGCGGACAUGGCUACCGAAAAGUACAAGUAUGUUCAGUGGGAAGCUUGUGCGCCGUGCGAAUCUGGCAAAUUCAAAAAUUUCUCGGGCAACGAGGAAUGUUCUUUUUGCUCAGAUGGCCAUGUGCCACUGAACCGCACCAGCUGUGUUCCUUGUGCUUCUGGCACUGUCUCAUCUCGAGACCACCCUGAGACAUGUACACCUUGUCCUGAAGGCUCUGUCCCAAACAGACAGACGAAUACUUGUGAGGAGUGCACGGGUCCAACCUACGCAUUUGAAGGAGAUGAGUCUUGCAGGAGGUGUUUCUUUCCAGCUUUGAUCUUGACGGGCGACGAGAAUUUGUGUACCCCAGUCUAUACGGUGCUCUUUCUGUUUGCAUCUAUCCUCUUGGCAGUCUUUGUCUUGGCGAUCGUCGGAAGGUUGCGCGUUGAAUGUCUCAAAAGGCGACUCAAGAAACUAGUUGCCGCAAGGAAUUGGAAGGAUUUGCAUACCACACAGGCCAGACCACUGGAAUAUGGCCUUUGGCAGCGUAGGGCCUGCAAGCUGCUUGCGCUUCGCAAGGCUGAGGUGAAGUCGCGAUCUUUGCAGCUGGGUGUCUCUCUCGACUACGUCUUCGGCAAGCUGGAGAAUAUCUACAAGGAGAAGGCACAGCAGGCCGAAUGGCGAGUCGAUGUAUGGGGCCCAACGACACGGAGCGGUUUCUUCGUGAGGGUUCGCAGCAGUGGAGAUGCAGUUGAUCCCGAGUCUGCUUGGCCUACGCUGUCUAUUUGUGAUCACCCAGAAGACCCAAAUUUUCAUCAGGUAGCCGCGCUGUUGGCUUACGGACCAUGGGCUUUGGGCAAGGGUCUGUGCUGCCCACGUGAUGGGUUGGCAGAUUGCAGCCUUGUCGACGCACUGGAAACGGAAUGCAACAGCGCAAAGGCGACUUGGUUCCUGUCGUGGGUCUGGAACUACAAAUUCACUACUGUGCUGAAGGCUCUCGCACGGUGGUGGCAAAGGCAUCGCAUGGUCUUAGGAGCAACAGAUGAUGGAAAGGGCAUUUACAUCUGGUGGUGUUUAUUCGUCAACAAUCAGUUCCGACUUUUGGAGGAGGGCCAGACACAAGACACCAACGACUUCUUCCAUGUCUUUGGCCAACAAGUGGAGGGUAUUGGAAAGAUGCUGAUGUGCUUGGACCAAAUAAGAGGAAGCCAAUACACAUCGCGUAUUUGGUGUAUCUUCGAGGUUUUCGUAGCGUGUCAGAGGAGCAUUCCGACCACUGUCAUUCUACCUGAGCUGGAGGUUGGUGCCAUUGAAACUUUGGAGGACUUGACCCAACAAUGUCGGGUUGAUGCUGAGAAGGCGAAAGCUUCAGUCCAAGCAGAUGCAGAUGCCAUUAAGGAACGUAUCCAAAAAGAACACCAAUCCUUCGAGUAUGUGAACAAGACAGUGGAGCAAGCCCUUUGGUGUGAAGUCAUCAAAUUCCUGGAGCAGUCUCAACAAGAACCCGAAGAGAUCGAGCUGUCAACACAAACGCCUCAAGACUCGGACCUGUCGACCAGCUCAGCUCCCGUUUCAGCCAUGCUUUCUGCUGACUCGCAGUGCAGUCUCCAAUGAUUUACAGGCAGACAGCCGAGAAAACGGCAUUGGCAGACCAUGAUGGGUGAAAACUCAAGAUCCGACAAGGCUCAAGUGCUCAAGUUUUGCAGUAACCGAGCUGACUCGACCCUCGGUCAGUAUUUUCCGAGCCACGGGCCUUAAACUUUUUAAGCUGCUGUCAAUCCUGCACAUGGCUUGACUUUUAGUCUUUGUUGUCUAGCCUCGGCCGCACGGCUACCUUGCACGUGGGUUGAAUCUGAGUCUUCAGAUUUG